AUGUCAGGCGCAAAGGCUCGUCUCCAGAGCAUCUCUGCGCAGCUGCAAGGAGAUAGCAAGACGGCGGCAGCUCGCAGUACCAACAGGCAUACCCUCUCACCAACGUUCUUCCUGCCUCGCGCUGCUGAGAUUGAGCCAGACGCCGAAGCUAUCUACCAUCUCACGGCGAACAAGAAAAUCGUGCGGAAGACUUACCAGCAGUUCGCAGACCGCUCAAGGGGGAUUGCAUACUACAUCAAGAAGCACGGCUACAAGAGAGUGGGCAUUCUGGCCCCAAAUACGCCGGCCUUCCUUGAGUCGAUAUUCGGCAUCGCUGCCGCUGCUGGAGUCAACGUCGCUAUAAACUACCGUCUGAAACCCGAGGAUAUUGCAUAUAUCUUCACGCAUGCUGACGUCGAUUCCAUCAUUGUCGACAAGGAAUUCGUACCCUUGCUGGACGAGUUCUACAAGGCUAACAAGCAUAUACCGUUGAUCAUCGACACAGACACCGACGCGGACGAAGGGGAGCUAAGCGGAGAAUUUGACGCCGCUGUUCGAGAAGGCCUGGAAUAUGAUAGAGAGCAGGGAGGCAGCGGGUGGAAAGGCCUGGAGGCUCAGGCUGCCGAUGAAGAGUCGCUAAUCGCGCUUGCAUACACCAGUGGCACCACCGCCAGGCCAAAGGGGGUGGAGUAUAUCCAUCGAGGAUGCUAUCUUGCUGCGCUUGCCAAUAUCAUUGAGUCCGGACUGAAUUUCCAGCAAGGCAGAUGUGGCUACCUGUGGAUUCUCCCCAUGUUCCAUGCGAUGGGAUGGACGUUUCCAUGGUCUGUUACUGCGGUUCGAGGGACUCAUUACUGCCUUCGAAAGGUCGACUACCCUGCGAUUUGGCGUAUGCUCAAAGAGGAGAACAUCACCCAUUUCAAUGCCGCGCCUACCGUAAACACCCUUUUAUGCGCUGCAAAGGAGGCAGAAAGACUCCCCAGGCCCGUCAGAGUCACCGUUGCUGCCAGUCCGCCUACCGCUCAUCUCUUUGAGCAGAUGACUAGUGUUAACCUUCAUCCUGUGCACGUAUACGGCCUAACAGAAACGUAUGGCCCCAUCACUAAGGGGUAUUACAUGCCCUCGUGGGACACAAUACCCAUCAAAGAGAAGUACCAGAAGAUGGCAAGGCAGGGACACGGAUUCCUGACCAGUUUGCCUGCCCGGGUCAUCAAGACGGAUGUCCCUGAGGGCACCAUCAUCGACGUCCGCAAAGACGGCAAGGAGAUUGGAGAGAUCGUCUUUACCGGCAACAUCUGCGCCAGAGGCUACUACAAAGACGCAGCAGCCACAGACAAGCUCUUUGCCGGCGGCGUCCUGCACUCCGGAGACUUGGCCGUCUGGCAUCCAGACGGGGCAGUCCAGAUAUUAGACCGCGCAAAGGACAUAAUCAUCAGCGGAGGGGAGAAUAUAUCCUCUGUGGCCCUCGAAGCCAUGCUGGCCACUCACCCAGACAUCCUCGAAGCCGGCGUUGUAGCUGUCUCUGACGCACACUGGGGCGAGAGACCCAAGGCCUACGUUACCAUCCAGGCCGGCAAGCAAGUGACCGGCUCUGAGAUCAUUGCCUGGGCCAAAAACUCAAGCGGCAUCAGUCGAUUCAUGGUCCCACGAGAGGUCGAGAUUGUCUCGGAGCUGCCCAAAACCAGCACAGGAAAGAUUAAGAAGAACGUCCUGAGAGAAUGGGCAAAGGGAGCCUCUCAUUCGCUGUAG